AUGAACGCGAUCCAGCAAAAAUGCCGCCCGAAGCAUCAGGUUCUGGUCCUGAAGUGCUAUCCGCGGACCUCCAAGGGCGCCGUCGAUGUGAAGCCCAAUUCUAGCGAGUUGAGCUAUUUGCUGUUCUAUGCCACCUCUCGACGUUCCAAGAUCCAGAAAAUCGGCUCCUUUCUCGAGAAGAAGACCGCCAGCGACGUCUGGCGACAGCGCAUCGGAAAUGUCCAAGUCACUCUUCGAAUUCUUACUGCUUUGAUCGAGAAGGCCCCGAAGGACCUGCCGCUCGUCGCCCCUAAUGUUCUCAAAAUCCUAGACCUCAUCCUUGGCUCCAAGGAUAUCACCAUGGUCGAAUCGUCCAUUCCUACUUUCGAAGCCUUCUGCCAGAAUCACGACACCUCCUCCUCCUUCGCCGACCAGGCUUACCUGGCUCAGUACGAGUCCAUUGUACGCAGCUACGCCUCCCUCGCCUCGACUCGUCAAAAUCCUGGCAAGGGAGCAUCCAGCAAGCCUGUCCUGAUGCGAUGGAGAAAUGCCGGCCUGGAGGCAAUCAGGACGUUAUCUUGUUCAGAGGCACUAUCAUCCGUCACCGGUCGCCAGUUUGAUGUUAUUAUCCCCGUCAUCUUGGACAACCUGUGGUGGGACGACGACGAGCUGCUAGAGACCUUGUUGUCAAGGAUACACAUGGAGGAAAAGGUUCAAACAGAGAAGCUUCGCCGUAGGACGAGCGUCGUUUCCAACGGGACUGGUGACACAGGCGAGGCCAACACCAUCGCAUUGACAGGGACCGCGAUGGACGUGGACAAGUUGGCCGAAGAGGAUGUCGGUGUCCUUGCACUGCAAUGUCUGAAGCAAAUCUUCAUCGCUCCCAACCGGCCGCAGAUCCACUCUGCCACCGCCUCCCUUCUGCAGUUCAUCGAGAAACGCGUUGCGAACGGCGACUCGGUCGUCAAAACGGACGAGAAAACCACCAAGGACUAUGGGUGGGCAAUCAGCAUCUACGGCACAAUCGCUCGUUGGGCUCCGGUGCAAGACCGAUACGUCAUCUUGGUUACUGCGUUGGAUCAUCUGGUGAAGGCGCCGGUCAAGGACGACAACCUCAAGUUGCACCUGGUUUUGGCAGCCAUGAUUGGCUCGCUGCUGCGGUCAGACGUGAACCUCAUCGGCUUGAGCGCCAUGGACGUGCUGCUGGGCCUUAUUCAGCACAUGAAGAAGCUCAUCCAUCUCCCCGGCGCCUUCGGCCGAGCUGAAGCGGACACCGAAGGAGGGUCACCACCCUCUCCUCAAGCCUCUGCAGAUGUACUGGCUCAAAGGCGCGAGCUUUUGGAGCGAAUCCAGUCCUGCAUCGGAGACUUGGCCACGCACGUUUACUACGCAGACCAGAUAUCGGACAUGAUCUCGACGAUUCUGCUUCGACUUAAGCCGUCGAAGUCAUCGAGCGCCAACUCGUCGCCCCAAGCCGAGAACGCGGAGCCACCUUCUCAAGACGACCUUAAUGGUGGCCAGUCUCAGCUGGAGGCCUACCUCUCCCGUAACGUGGGCAAGACCGCUGCUUUGAAGGCCAUCAGAAAUAUUCUUCUCGUGGCGAACCCUCGAGCCCAAAUGUCUGGCAACCUGAACUUGUCAAGAAACAGGGUCCCAAUUCAAGUAUGGGAAAGCACACAUUGGCUUCUGCGAGAUCCGGAUGGAGAAGUCAGAAAAGCGUACGUCGAAGCGCUUUUGACAUGGCUUGAUCGCGAAACCACCCCGGCAGACCUCAAAGCACGAGACGUGAACAGAAACCACCGAUCUUCGCUGAAGAACAGCCGUGAACUCCAACCCGGGAAUUCCACUCAACGAGCGGCGUCAACCGCCUCUAAUCGAGACAAGCCUUCACGAAAUCGCUCGCACUUCCUCCAGCUUCUGCAUAUUGCUGUGUACGAUAAUGCACUGCAAUAUCUGGAUUUUGACUACGACGUCAUCUUGCUUCACGUUCUUCUCAACAAGCUUGUGAUCCGUCUGGGUGUCAAUGCAGUUCAAUAUGGAUUGCCUAUGGUUUUCCGUCUCCAGGAAGACAUUCCCGACGCUGAGACGCCAGUGCAGAAGGUACGCCUCGGCAGUCUCUGCCACGGAUACUUCUGGGCCGUUACCGAAAGAUUCGAUAUGGAAAACUCCGUCGUCGGCCGCGCUAUCACAAACGAGGUUAUUCGUCGCCGCAGCAAGCAUUUCUGGACCGAAGGUGUUGCCAUCCCCCCGCCGGCAAUGGAGAUUAUCACUCCAGGCGUGCCCACCGGGCUCACAAAGAUGCCUACCAACGAGGUUGAGUCUGAGGCUCUUUUACCAUUUGAUGACAGAGCAGCACUCGUGGAAAGCAUUGCAGCGAGUUACGUCGACACGAGCGUCUCACCGCCCACAAGUCCUCCACAGUCACCCGGGCGCAACUUUUCGCAUCCGAUACUCAGCCCAACACUCAACACGGGUCCUGUGGCUCCUGGGGAUGAGCUGCCGACAGCAUUCCGUGAGCACAUGCUAGCGGACUGGUCCAGGGACUCGGCUAUGUUGGCUCUUCAAGCGGGAAGCAAGUCGGAGUCUUUGGCUGGCUCGAAAACCGGCACCAUGGGAACCAACCGCUACCACCUGACCGUCAACGGCGCUAACGGACAUGGAAACACGGCGGCGUCUUCGCCAGUAGGCAGCCAACACAAUCUUCGUCCGAACACCUCUCAGACACAUGGCGGCUUGUCUGCCAUGAGCAAGCUGCGCAAGAGCAGCGUCCGGAGUGGUGUUUCGGCCACCCCUUCAGACUCUAGCAGAGGGGUGGUUGCCUCUGUGGACCAGCUGAAAGCGGUCUUGUCAGGCCAAGUGCCGGCCACACCAAUUGGCACAUCCGCCGGACUACACCAUGACAGCGACAGCGACAGCAUGGUCAGCUACGACUUCACACCAUCAGAACUCAGUUUUAACCCGGCAGCUUCGCAAACAGAAAACGGCGGCGGAGCAGCACUGGGUCGCGCCCGGUCCGCUUCACAAUCAAGCAAAGGCGGCCCAUUGAACUCGAACCCUCUGUAUGAGCACAACGAGACGGAAGUGGUCCCACCGGUGCCGCCAUUGCCUGGACACAUCGGUGGACUCACAUCGUCGAUUGCGAUUCAGGACUAUGCGGUGAAGCCGGCGAAGAGAGACCUGAGUAGCCGGGGAGGUGACAGUUUAUACCAUGGAUCGACCAGGGGAGAUGGAAAUAUGUCAAUGGUUUCAGGAGGGGGAAUGGAUCUACACGAGCUUCUUAAUGGGAUUGAUAGCCGGGCAGGGGAGCUCAGCCUGGGAAACGUAACGAAGCCGCCUUACUAA